GAAAGCUUUUUGCUUACAAAUGGGCCUUUAUUAUUAUUUUUUUUUAUUAAUGGGGGUUACAACUAAUUCUAAUUAAAUAAUAAAUAAAAUAAAACUGUUUUAAUAAAGGCACCAACAAAAUUUUUCAAAAUGGGCAAGGGUUUCAACAAUUAUAUGUGUAAAAAGUUUUUUCAUCCAGCUUCAAGAGAUAAUUUAAAACGAGUAUGGAUGGCUGAACAAAAAUCAGUUAAAGAUAAAAAACGCCAAGAAGAAUUACGUCUUCAAUAUGAAAAAGAACAAGAUCUCUAUAAUAAUAAAGCCCUACUUUCAAAAGAAAGUAAAGAUAAGUUAAGUGUGAACUUUAUGUAUGAACCACCACCGGGUGCAAAAAAAGAAAGAGAGCGUGAAGAUAACGAGCCAGAGUAUAAAUUUGAAUGGCAAAGAAAAUUUAACGCGCCUAGAGAAGAUUAUUGCAAAGGUGAUCAAGAAAUUCGAGAUCAGCCAUUUGGUAUUCAAGUGAGAAAUGUUCGAUGUAUCAAAUGCCAUAAAUGGGGUCAUAUUAAUACUGACAAAGAAUGUCCCUUAUUCAAUCAAGCAAGUAUAUCAGAAGCUUUAACAGAUGUGUCAUCAGCAAAUGGUACCAGUGCUAAUAUAAAAACACAAGAAUUGAUAAAACAAAUGCGAGAAGAUGGUUUGGCAUUAAAAAAAAGUGCUGCUUCUACACAACAACAAAUAUCUUUUGGGAAUGGAGAAGACAGUGACACAGAACUGUUCAUGUACGUGAAAACAUUGUCUAGGAAGAAGAAAAUGAAAUUACUCAAGCCGCUGGCUGCCGCACCAUAUCAUUCGUAGGAAGCCAUACAGCCGCGGGUUGCCGUAAAUUCCCUACAUUUUGGAAUCAUAAUAAAAAUGUUGGCACUGCAAUUAUACCUUUUUAAUUCAAAAUGUGAAAUAGUGGAAGAAAUUGCCAUUCUAUCAGUAUAUUGCACACCAAUAUACGAUGUUUUUUAGUCAUAAUUUUUAUUACUCCUACUGAACAUCAAAUU